UUCGACAGGAUAUCUGAGUUUGUGGAAGCUCCGACAGAGUAACCCCCAAGAGAAAGCAACACAAAACUCUAAGAAAAUGUACUCACGGUCAAACAGCAUGACUCUGACUGUUCAGCGGGAGAGCUUUGCCUUCUCCAGGAUGGCGACCCGCAGCACAGAGCCCGAGGUCUUCACCUUCGAGCGGCUACCGACUCAGGCAACCGCCGUGCGCUCCUACGUGCCUAUCCGGCCGAAGAAGCGCUGCACUCGGGUUAUGUACCCAGCUAAAGUCCACAUGCAUCUUCCAAAACCGGAGAAGAGCCAGGCCAAGCGCUGGCUGGUCAUCCUGUGCCUGGUGGUGCUGUGGCAGAUCUACACCGAGGACCCCUGCGCAGAGACGCCGCUGGGCAGCUCAGACAGCCCGGUCAGCGACUACCAGGGUUUCACCUUCCAGUCUGCGGAGGAGCAAGUGAGACAUCUCACAGACCUCAGCGCCAGCUCCGAGUUCCUGUCAGCCUCCCCGAGCAACUGCGAGGACGACAGCUCAUCCAGCGAGCCGAUCAUUCCGAACACAACCUGCCCCAAGCCCGGCGAGGAGACAGAGAGCAGCCGGUCAUUCGAGCAGAGCGCCGGUAAGAGCUACGUGGUGGCUCUCCUUGUCUACCACAGACUGGGAAGCGACAACUAAAACGUCCGCGUCUGGUUCAACCAUAAACCGCCCGAGUCUGGGCUUCUGGGAUCAAAAAUGAGCCGAGCUGGAGUUGAUGCCGAGCAGCUUCUGGAGAACAGCGGUGCGCCCUGUGCGGUGCAGCCGGGAGGAAGCUUCAUACGCCGGCUUUCCGCCGCCAGCGGUCCCCCUGAGAGCGGAGGAGGACACAGUCUGGAAUGGGACAUUUGAAAAGAAAGAAAGAAAAGAAACUGUGAACACUUACAAAAACUGAAACUUGAACUCAAGAAAACUUGAACUGUGUGUAUUUUACACUUUAACUGCACUAACUGGAUGUUUUACUACGUCAUUGAAAACUGUCACUACUGUAGGCCACCGAGCUGAAAUUGACAUUGUCUGUUGUAUGUCUUAUUUAGUUAUUUAUUCUAUUAUUUGCUAUUUAUUGAUGAAUAAUUUUAAUAAAAAAAUGUCUCAAAGAA